AUGGAUUGGCGAAACGAGGAGUCGGAUCAAUCGAGUGAAUGGACAACGUGCGCUUUCUCUUUUCGGACAGUCGAGAACCUGAGAUGGGAUGAAAACGAUUAUCCUGUAGCCAGGACGAGGGAUGCCAUCGUCGCCGCCGCUCUGGACCGCAGCGUUUGCUCUCAAGGAACUCAGGUCGGAAUUGGAAUUUGUAAGGACAUUGGAAAUUUCACAUGUGACUUAGAACACUUAGAGCUUGAGACGAAGGAUCAUCGGAAACUUAGAACAAGCGAUUUACUGGCAGAUUAUUUCAAUGAUUCCGAGCAGGAGGAAACCGUUCCGGUUUUUAAAACGAGAGAGAAACCUUCCUUUCAGUUAGUGGUCCAAGGACCGGAAAUCCUAAUUUUCCAGGGUACUAGGUAUUCCCCUGCGGAUAUCGCGCCCUGCUGGAAAAAGGACUCUCGAAUGUGGCUGUGGAAAUCAGUCAGACUGGCGAGAAAACUGAAGGGGACCAAGGCGAAGGCAAUUCCUUCGGACGUUUUGUAUCGCGAGACUCUUUCGUAGCAUUUAUUUUUAUUCGACUAUAUACAUACAAAUUUUUUUAAAUUAAAAUUUUAUUUUUUUCUUAUAUAUUUUAAUAUUUAAAUAAUGUUUGUGAUACAUGCGAGAUAUUCUUUCGUAUUUAUCAAAGAGUCAAUAAAAUAAUAAAUAAAGGUACAGAAAGCAAAUUUGCAUUUAGAUAAUACAGAUACUAAGAAAAGAAAUUUACAUAAUUUAAAAAUUCUCGAUUCUAAUAAUAAUAACAGCAAUGAGACGAGAAGAGAGCUUUAAGGAUGUAUCAAUCUGCAAAGUAAAUUGAAAUUAGAAAUAUGUUAAUAUUUAUACUUUAAAUAAACUGUAUGAAAGUUGUAAAAAAGAGAUUCUAAAUUUAUUGUUCUCUAA